UCGGGGCGCAGGUUCCCUCCCGUCCGAGACGGGGCGGGGCGGAGCGGAGCCGAGGGCGGGUCACUCGCUUCAGUACUUGCACCGAAACUCUGCGAAUCCCGACAGCGAGCAGUGGUGGCCACGGCAAUGAGGCGGGGGGCUUUCCUUUUCCUCCUUCUCGGGAUCAGCUCCCGGUGGGCGGGCGCAGAUACCACGUGGAGCUACAGCGGACCGGAAGGAGAGGAUCACUGGGCUUUGAGCUAUCCACAUUGUGGAAAAUUUCAGCAGUCCCCCAUAGACUUCCACACGGGAAUCUACACCUACAGCCCAGCCCUGGAGCCCAUUCGGUUAAUAGGCUACAACCUGUCGGCAACACAGAAACUGUCAUUAACCAAUGAUGGCCAUGCUGUGAAAGUCACCCUGCCUGCGACCAUGCACAUAAUCAGCAUGACCCAUCGCUACACCGCAGUGCAGCUCCACCUGCACUGGGGCAGUGAGACGGAGCCCGUGGGAUCCGAGCACACCAUCAGCGGGAGGCAUUAUCCAUCCGAGUUGCACAUUGUUCACUAUAACUCUGAGAAGUACGAGAAUAUCUCCAUAGCACAAGACAAAGAGGACGGGCUGGCUGUCCUGGGAAUUCUGAUCAAGGUUGGGUCGUUCAAUGCUGCUUACAACCAGAUAUUUCAGCACCUGAAAGAAAUUCAGUACAAAGGUGAAGAGGUCCCGAUCUCUGGUUUUGAUAUCAGCGACCUUCUCCCAAGUCGACUGGAUGAAUAUUUCCGCUACAACGGAUCGCUGACCACCCCUCCGUGCUACCCCAGUGUGCAGUGGACCGUCCUCAGGGAACCGGUGCAGAUCUCCAGCGACCAGCUUUUAGAGUUGGAGAGUGACUUGUACUUCUCAAACAUGGACGAGGAUAAUCGAAUGGAGAUGGUGAACAAUUACAGGCAUGUUCAGGAGCUCGGAGAGAGAAAGGUUCUGAUUUCAUUCCAAGAGGCUGGGUAUACUGGGCGCAGCCUGACUCCAGGUGUGCUCGUCAUGGUUGUUUUAGGCUGUGUACUUUUUGUCGUGAUUGCCUUGUUACUGACCAUCUACUUUCUGAAGAGAAGAGCAGGUAAGACGACUGAAACCCAAGGGGCGGUCUAUGCGGCAGCAUCUGCCGAAGACAGAGCUGCACAGGCCUAAGCUAUGAAGAGUUUGGGAAAAGGGUUACUCGGAACACCCGGACACAGAUUCACCUGGAGAUUCAGAGCUCAGAAACCUGAAGUCAGAUCAGCUUGGUGUGAUGUAAUCUGUACCGACCUUUUCGGAAGUCUGGACAUAAUUCUUUGCAGUUGAUUUGAACGUUGUACUUUAAUGACAAGUUUUCAUGUAUUGAAGAGGACAGACCGGGAUUCAGCUGCUGGAAACAUGGUGUAACCUGUACAUGGUGUAACCUGUACAUGGUGUCCCAGUGACCCAGUGUGGACUGUUCACAGUGACUAAGUGAUAAGACCAUAAUCAGAAUCAGGUUUAAUAUGUCGUGAAAUUUGUUAACUUUCAGCAGCAGUACAAUGCAAUACAUGAUAAUAGAAAAGAAAAAAACUGCAAAUUACAGUAGAUAUAUAUAUUAUAGUUCAGGGGGUCCCCCACCUUUUUUGCACCGUGGACCUGGUUUAAUACUGACAAUAUUCUUGCGGGGAGAUGGGGGGUUAAUCACGACCGGAAUAUAGGUAUAAGUCAACUAUAAGUCACUUAUCAGUGGCUAAUACACUCAAUUUUGUUUCUGAAAGGGUUUAUCUAACGAAUUUAAUAAUAAACACACAGCGCAUAUUUUCCUGCAUGAAUAUGGUGAUAAGUCAAUUAUAAGUCAUAAGGGGGUUCCUUAUGUCCAGUCUAUUCCGCAAUUUAGUUUUCGUUGCAUUCAUUGCAGAAAACUCCACUUCGCAGAGAUAUGAUGUUGGAAAUGGAAGCAAAGGGUGCUUGGACUCAGGUGCCAAAGCAGUCUUGAGGGCUUCAUUGCCUCAUUAGACAGCUUGUCUCCACAUAUCACACACAGGGGGCUUGGAGCAUGCAAGUCUCCGGUUGCAAUAAAGCCAUAUUUCAUGUACGACUCCUUGUAUUUUCUGUUGAAGGAAGCUUUCUUUUUUUUUUGCAGUCUCGGCCUCAGCUGUCUCUGCGUUAUCAUCAUCGUUAGGCGUUUUAUGUCCCCUACCAUCUCUUCCAAAGAAACUCUCAAGCGACGUUUGUUUUUACUCAUCGAGUAGUUGUAGGUUAAUGACCGACUGAUGUCCUCACGUGGGUAAUGACCUCGCGUGCGUUCAAAUUCAACAGUGGGUGUGACAGGGAAUGAGAAAAGGUGCAGUUGACUCAUAUUGUUUCCUCGCAGCCCAGUAGCACAUGCUUUGCGGCCCUGUACCGGUCCGCGGCUCGGUGGUUGGGGACCACUGUUAUAGUUCAGUAGUGUAAAAAUAGAAACAAAAAAAAAAUGUAGGGAGGUAGUGUUCACGGGUUCAAUGUCCAUUCAGAAAUUGGAUGGCAGAGGGGAAAAAACUGAGUGUGUGCCUUCAGGCUUCUGUACCUCCUUGCUGUUGGUAGCAAUGAGAAGAGGGCAUUCUCUUAAUGAUGAGGUUCCUUGAAGAUGUCCUAGAUACUAUGGAGGCUAGUGCCCAUGAUGGAGCUGACUAAGUUUACAAUGCUCUGCCGCUUACUUCGAUCCUGUGCAGUAGCCACCGCCCCCGCCCCCCGGCACCACUCCCAUA